AUGAGGCUGUCCUUGCUCGUACUACUCGUUUCUAUUGGCGGAAGUCUGUGCCAUGAAUUCUUCAAUGUUGGAGUAUUCAAAGUAGGUGGGCUGCCUCCAUGUGCUCAUACCUGCCUGUCUGACCUGUUUUAUAUAACCGGUAAAUUGCUCAGUCUGGAAAAUACGACCGAGACUUUCAGUGAGUUAUGCAGGACCUACAACAAAGCUGCAUUAUGUGUAGACGAGCAGGAGAACUGUCUUGGAGGUAUCCUAUUCGAUACUUUGUUCGGUGGCUUCGAGACGUUAUGUGACGAGGAAGCGGAGGAGAUCGAGCCUCAUGUGGAGUGUCUGGCUAACAGGACCGAAGAGGUCGUGCAGAACUGCGAUGCGAAUUGCACGUUCACCGAUUCUAUCGCCCAGGUCACUGCUUACGAAGCCUCACGUCGCUUCUCCAAGUUCAAGAGGCCCAGUUGGCUGUUUGAGAAGGAACUCGGACCUGUAUGCACGUCUCUGGGAUGCAUGGGCAGCUGUGUGGCUAGGGAGCUCAAUAAUGAAUGUGGUGAGCCAGCUGGAACUGUUGUAGUGGAAGCUGUCAUGAGGCCAUUUUUCAAAUCCGCUGCUAUCCUCGAUGAGUUAGGAAAACGGGCAAAGGCACUCGUGAAUCGUCAGAUGCCUGAACAAUGCCAAUUCCUCACCGAUAAGGAGCAACUGAACGACCUAAUCAGAGGAGUGGAACUGGAAGUAGUGGAAGGAAGUGGUGAGGAGGGAAGCGGUGAAGGUAGUGGAGAAGAAACCGGCGAGGGUAGUGGUGAGGGUAGCGGUGAAGGAAGCGGAGAAGAGAUGCCAGAGGAAGAAAAGGAGGAAAAAGAGAAGCCCAAGCACCCGAUCCGAUGGCGUCCACACCCACUUGGCUUCAAACGACCACCUCUCCACAGCCUCCAUCCAUCAAGGCAUGGAUCUACGAAAGUUGUCGUCAUAACCUCGAAAGGACGUUUUUCGAGAUCGCUAAACUCGAAUUCAAGGGAGGUGGUACGUAACAUCCUUCUCGAAAGGAACGUCACCCAAGUGCCACCCAGAAGCAGUCAUAGCCGUGAGAUUGUCAACAGCCGAGAGAUGAACAGCCGCGAGACUGUCCGCAGCCGCGAGGUUGUGAACAGCCGCGAGAGUCGCGAGCAGCUCGGACGCGUUCUUGUUAGGAGCUGA